GCGCAGGAGUUUCUGGCAGAAAGCAGGCGAGCCCGGGCCGGCGCGGGGCCUUGUGGGAGGGCUUAAGGAAGUAAAAUGGCGGACCUGGCGAACGAAGAAAAGCCUGCCAUUGCUCCGCCCGUCUUUGUGUUUCAGAAGGAUAAAGGACAGAAGUCCUCUGCAGAGCAAAAAGACUUGUCGGAUUCGGGAGAGGAGCCUCUAGGGGAGGCGGAGGCCCCCCAGCGUGGCACAGGUCAGCCCGAGUCAGCUGGCGAGCAGGCCCUAGAGCCUCCCGCCCCCGCUAGCACCUCAGCCAGCGCUCCUCCACCUCCCACUCCUGAAGCCCAGCCUCCUCCUUUUCCACGAGAACUGGCAGGGAGAUCAGCUGAAGGCUCGAGCCCCGAAGGUGGAGAAGAUUCUGACCGAGAAGAUGGAAAUUACUGCCCUCCUGUCAAGCGAGAAAGGACGUCCUCUUUAACCCAGUCCCCACCUUCACAGUCAGUAUCCAAACCCAAUGUCUUUAUGCCACCCGCCUUCUGCGAGGCCUCUGCGGGCAGUUCUGACUCAGAGCCAGAGGAGAAGAGCAGCGGGUUCCGGCUGAAGCCGCCGACGCUGAUUCAUGGCCAGGCACCCAGUGCAGGUCUGCCGAGCCAGAAGCCCAAGGAGCAGCAGCGCAGCGUGCUUCGCCCGGCCGUGCUCCAGGCCCCACAGCCCAAGGCGCUGGCGCAGGCCGUCCCGAGCAGCGGUACCAACGGGCUCAGCGUCCCAGCAGACUGCGUGGGGGCGGCGCCCGACAGCCCUGCCCGGAGGAGUCCUUCAGGCCCUGCUGAUGAGGCUAACGUACUUGAGGAGAAAAAGCCCCAGAAAAAUGAGUGUAGCAAUACUUCUGAAGAGGAGAACUGUGCGAAAAAAGAGCAAGCCGCGCAGCAAGCAUUUGUGUUUGGGCAGAACUUGAGGGACAGAGUGAAGCUCAUCAAUGAGAACACCGACGUGGCUGACAUGGAGAAUGCCGGGCAUCCCAGCUCAGAGACACCGACAGCGACCAACUACUUCCUGCAGUACAUCAGCUCCAGCUCGGAGAACUCGACCAGCAGUGCCGACGCCUCCAGCAACAAGUUCGUGUUUGGCCAGAACAUGAGCGAGCGGGUUCUGAGCCCCCCAAAGUUAAACGAGGUCAGCUCAGAGGCCAGCAGGGAGAACGCGACUGCCGAGUCCGGGUCUGAGUCCUCGUCCCAGGAGGCCACCCCCGAGAAAGAGUCCCUGGUUGAGUCAGCCGCCGCCUACACCAAGGCAACUGCACGGAAGUGUUUGCUGGAGAAAGUGGAGGUCAUCACCGGGGAGGAGGCGGAGAGCAAUGUGUUACAGAUCCAGUGUAAGCUGUUUGUCUUCGACAAGACCUCGCAGUCGUGGGUGGAGAGAGGCCGGGGGCUGCUUAGACUCAACGACAUGGCUGCGACCGACGACGGGACGUUACAGUCCCGACUAGUGAUGCGGACGCAGGGAAGCCUGAGGCUCAUCCUCAACACCAAGCUGUGGGCCCAGAUGCAGAUCGACAAGGCCAGCGAGAAGAGCAUCCGCAUCACGGCCACGGACGCCGAGGACCAGGGUGUGAAGGUCUUCCUGAUCUCGCCACCAGGGGACGGUGGUGUCCCUUCACACAGAGGUGGCCGGCCCGGAGCUCGUGGCUGCCCCCCCGAGCCUGCUCUGGCUGCCUCAUGGCUUCACGGCCCCGCCCCCGCAGGCCUGCUCCCAGGACACGGGCCAGCUGUAUGCGGCCUUGCACCACCGCAUCCUGGCCCUGCGCAGCCGCGUGGAGCAGGAGCAGGAGCCCCAGACACCUGCCCCCGAGCCCGGGGCCGCCCCGUCCAACGAGGAUGACAGUGAUGACGACGUCCUGGCGCCCGGAGCCAGCGGAGCCGGCACCGGCGAGGAAGGGGACGGGCAGACGACCGGGAGCACAUAGCGGCUGGAGCCGCACGCACGCACGAGGCUGCUGCUCUGUCAUCCGCCUGCGCGCCCGCCGCUCCCCGCAGGCAGCGUGGAGGGCGGUGGGAGCCGCACACCGUCUGGCUGGCCGCAGUCUGGAUCCGCACGUCCUGUUCAGAGCAGACUUGGGACCUGCCCGAAUGUGGUUUGGGACGCGAGACCUCAUCAUAUUGAUGAGCAGAACAAAGCAUUUCCGCCCUCCUUGAAUUGAAAUGGCACAUUAAGACUU